UUGAGUCACAGUAAUUGUCUACUGUUGGCGGCUUGUCUAGAUGAGAGUACAGUAAGUAGUGUACUAGCAAGUUGCCGAGAAUGACGAUAUCAUGAUCUGUUCCGUCCGGCCCGGUCUGACCACUCAUCAAUGCACCACGACGAAUUGCCACAUGAAGUGGUUCUCGCGAUUCAGCGCGUCCUAGAACUUGAACCGAGCUCAGCGAACGACCCCCUCGACACGCUUUCGAACGACUUCAACCCCGUCCCGCUCCUGAAUGAUUUCUUUCCCGACGAGGCGUCCCUGGCGAACAUCGCGGCUGUGCAGACCCGGCUGGCGGAUACGCAGCUGGAAUUGCAACGCGAGAUCGACAGUCUGCAGGCGGAGCUGAAGAAGAACCAGGACCCCGCACGGAUGCAUCUCAUACAGGAGAUGAUCUCGGAAUUGUUCGGGAAAAUGGCUACUAUACGCGAAAAGGCGACCGAGUCGGAGGCCGUCGUGCGGAACAUCACGCAAGACAUCCAAGUGCUCGACCUGGCGAAGAGGAACUUGAUUCUGAGUAUGACGACGCUGAAGCGGCUGCAGAUGCUUGUAAAUGCGUUAACACAAUUGGAGGACUACAUCAAGGAGCGCAAGUACGCGGAUGUCGCGCAGUCCCUUGCUGCAGUCAAGCAAAUCUCAGCUUCGUUCAAGCAAUACACCUCGAUCAAACGGAUAUCCCAGGUUUGGACACGGAUACAAGAAAUGCAGGGCGAGAUACGCGCCGCUCUCGACAAAGACUUUGACGAUUUCUACCUCCAGGAUCCCGCGAGACCCGUGAAACCAUCCCUCAUCGCGGACGCCUGCCAGGUGGUCGACGUCCUCGGUCCAGAUGUCCGAGCGCAGACCAUCGAACGCUACGUCUCCAUCGAGCUGAAGGAGUACCGGAGGAUCUUCCGCACCGCAGACGAGGCGGGGCAGCUGGACAACAUCUCGCGGCGGUUUGCUUGGUUCCGGCGCUGCCUGCAAACACACGAGGCUGAACAGGGACGCGUCUUCCCAGCCGAGUGGAAAGUCGGCUGGUUCCUUCUCUCCCGCUUCGCAGAGGUCACGCGCGAGGAUCUCACUGGGUUGUUGUCCAAAAUGGGCACCGCGUUAUCUGUCAAAACCCUCCUGGACAAUUUACAACUUACCGCCGACUUUGAGCUGUCCAUGGCAAAGAAAUGGUCCACCCCGUUCCCAGACAUCCUUAAGGCGACAGCUCAGAGCCACUCGGCGCCACCCAAGACGAUGACAUCGGCUUUUGAGCCGCACAUGGGAGUGUUUGUCGACGCUCAGGACAGAGCACUGUCAGACAUGCUUGCACCUCACAGGAGAGGGAGACUGGGUCGCUCCCCACGCCCAUCGCUGGAAACCGAUCCCGGAUCAGUCGAUCACGAAAGCAAGAGCGAAUCACCUAUGGUCGUGCUGCCUUCCUCGACCGAGCUGUUCUACUUCUACGGCCAGAGCCUGGAACAAUGCGCCAAGCUGUCGACCGGAAAACCGCUCUUCGACCUCUGCAACCUGCACCGCAAGUGGCUGCGAAUCUACGCCGAGGAGGUUCUGACUGCGGGGCUCAAACGGCCGUCUUACCCACAGCAACCGCGGCAGUCGACGGAAUCGCGCUACGAGCCGAAUGAACUGAGACAGUCGGCGCUGAUCAUCAACACGGCGGACUACUGUCAGACCACCGCGCUGGAGCUCGAGGAGAAGAUCCAGCGGCAAAUUAACACGGAUUUCAAGGAGAAGAUAUCUGUUAUCUCAGCUGCCAUCGUCGUGCAACUGCGGGAGCUGGAGAUAGCCUGCGAGCCGGCGCUCGCCGCCAUGACGCGGUCUCCCUGGUCAAAUCUGCAGCAGGUCGCCAGCCAGUCAGCUUACGUGGCCGACCUGACGAGCGCGAUCGAGCAAGUGACCGACUGUGUCAGGCCACUCAUCGAGCAGAAGAAGUAUCUGAGGAACUACCUGGAUAAAGCCUGCAGCUUGAUUCUGGCCAAGUUUACAAAUGCUUUGGUUCGAAGUCGACCGCUGAGAGAGAUUGGAGCCGAGCAGCUCAUGAUCGAUCUAAAACCGGUCAAGGCGUGUUUACUCAAACUCCCAGGUGAUAGUGUGACAACGACAUAUACUAAGAGCGUGACCAAAAGCACGGAUCAGCUGGAAACUCUGCUGAAAGUGAUUGUUACGCCAGUGGAUCCUCCAGAAGGCUUCAUCCUGAGCUACACCCUCCUCGUCAAAGAUGCCUCGUUUUCCAACUUCCAAAAGAUCCUCGACCUGAAAGGGACCCCCAAAGCCGAGCAGAACAAUCUGCUGGACUCGUUCCUGACGAUCACGAGCACCCACGACGAUCUCGACAGCACGUCUUUCCUGUCCGCGCUGGACAUGGAUCCGGUGGGUCAGCUUGCGAGCAACAUGGCCAGCCCGGGGGCCAGCAGAGUGUCUCUCCCUCUCAGCGGCGUGAUCCCAAACCCAGACAGCACCGGGCUGUUCUCGUCGCCGGGACCGAGUGGACCCUCGACCGGGAAUACGACUAUCUCGGAAAGAGGGGGCGGCGGGGACCAGCGACAAGUCUUCUCUGACUUGAGGAGAUUUGUCAGCUUUGGACUGCGACGAGACACGCAGGGGCCGCUCUGAAGUGUGCCUGCCCAUCAGGUGCGGUUGAUGGUAUCAACAUAUGACUGAUGCGUCCUUUCCGUACACUAGUCGUACACAAUAAAGUCCUAGCAGUACAAUACUCAGUCCCAGGAUGAUCAUAGAAACAAGGAGGGUGGCGGCUAUAUCCGAGUAGGCGCCGAGCUUGCGCUGGGCAGGAACGACGCCCCCAGGACCCGCUGCACAAUGAACGACGAGCCCGGGGGCUGCGGUGCCUCAGGCAACGGCGGGUGUCCAACACUGCUGCUGGCAUGCCCGGGCCUGAAGCAGAUCUCAGAAAUGGACACGGGAAGGCUGUCCGCCAGCGACGUCACAUCGUCGCUGCCCAAGCCAUACGGGUGCGCGUUGAGGCUGCUCAGACGCUGCCCCUCGGGCGACCCCGGCAUCGACACGGGGAACGGAAACGAGUCGGCGGAUGAAUCGGCGGUUGCGCCGGCCGCCUCGGUGCUCGGCGCGGCCGUCGUCGCGCUCCAUCGCGAAGUC